AUGAAUAGACAAGAAAUAGAAGCUAUGCUGGAAUCAAAUUCGGACUCAUAUUCGGAAGAUUACGACGAUACUGACGCUGAUCCAAACUGGUCCUCGGAAAGUGAACCGGACGAAAAUAUUUACGAACGUGAAUUAUUGGAUAAUUGUAACGUAACUAUUAAUACGAUUGGUAAUAAUUGGAAUAACGAUUUUUCUAAUGGACGGCUAAAUAGUCAUAUAAUUUUUAAUCCUGAUGUAAAUACUACUGGAAUAAAUCCAGAUAUAAUUGAAACUAUGUCUGAUGCCAGUCCUAUUGACUUUUUUUAUCUUUUUUUUGACAAAGAAAUUAUUGACAUGUUAGUGGUUGAAACAAACAGGUAUGCUAAUGCUAAAAAAAACACAGCAGGCUUAUCUCGACAUGCUAGAAUUAGAAAAUGGGUCGACACAAAUGAGCAGGAAAUUAAACUCUUUUUUGGUAUUGCUAUGUGGAUGGGCAUGAUGAAACUGCCAUCAAUUGCUCACUAUUGGAAAAAUUCUAUAUUAUAUUCUUGCAAUAUUCCAAAAUUUAUGUCCCGAAACAGGUUUGAAAUUAUUUUGAGUAUGUUACACAUUUCUGAUAAUGACAAAGCUCCUACUAAUGAUAGAUUAUACAAAAUCCAAAUAUUGAUUGAUUUACUCGUCGAAAAGUUCAAUAGUGCAGUAAUUCCUGAAGAGUCAGUUUGUAUCGAUGAGUCUAUGGUCCCUUACUUGGGUCGAUUAUCGUUUCGACAGUAUAUUUCUAAUAAACGUCAUCGUUAUGGAGUCAAAAUCUUUAAGCUGUGUACACGGGACUUUUAUACGUCGAAAUAUAAAAUAUAUGCAGGAAAAGAAGCGACAAUGGGUGAUUCAGUUUCAUGUAAAGUAGUAAUGGAACUAAUGGAACCAUAUCUCGAUUUCGGUAGAACAUUGUAUGCAGAUAAUUGUUAUAACUCCAUUGAUUUAGCGGAAAAAUGA